CCGCCCUCUCAGCCCCUAUAGCUUGGUCUGCACAGCUUCCUGCCCCAUACACUAGUCUGCGGCAUCAUGGCACUAACUGUCCACCUCUCCUGCCUCCUAGCGCUGUUGGUGGCAGGCCUGGCCCAAGGCAUCAAGGGCUCCCUCAGGGGCCAGGACCCAGGUCCCCAGCCUCUGGAGCUGAAAGAGGUCUUCAUGUUGUUCCAGAUCCAAUACAAUCGGACUUAUUCGAACCCAGCAGAGUACGCUCGCCGCAUGGACAUCUUUGCCCAAAACCUGGCCAAGGCUCAGCGGCUGCAGGAGGAGGACUUGGGCACAGCUGAGUUUGGGGUGACUCCAUUCAGUGACCUCACAGAGGAGGAGUUUGGCCAGCUCUAUGGGAAUCGGAGGGUGCCUAGAGAGGACCCCAGUGUGGGCAGAAAGGUAGGGUCUGAGGAGUCGGGGUGGUCAGUGCCCCAGACCUGUGACUGGCGGAAGGCGGCUGGCAUCAUCUCACCCAUCAGGAACCAGAAAACCUGCAAAUGUUGCUGGGCCAUGGCGGCAGCUGGCAACAUCGAGGCCCUGUGGGCCAUCAAAAACCACAAGUCUGUAGAAGUCUCUGUACAGGAGCUGCUGGACUGUGGCCGCUGUGGGAAUGGCUGUGAGGGCGGCUUCGUCUGGGAAGCGUUCAUAACUGUCCUCAACAACAGCGGCCUGGCCGAUGAAAAGGACUACCCAUUCGAGGGUAAGGUCAAAACCCACAGGUGCCUGGCCAAGAGGCACAAGAAGGUGGCCUGGAUCCAGGACUUCAUCAUGCUGCAGAACUGCGAGCAGAGCAUUGCCAGGUACUUGGCCAUCCACGGCCCCAUCACCGUGACCAUCAACAUGGAGCUACUGAAGCAAUACCAGAAGGGUGUGAUCAAAGCCACACCUGCCACCUGUGACCCCCGGCUUGUGGAUCAUUCUGUUCUGCUGGUGGGUUUUGGUAAAACCAAGUCGGCAGAGGGCAGACGGGCAGAGGCGGUCUCAUCCCAGUCUCGUCCUCGUCCUCGCCACUCUAUCCCAUACUGGAUCCUGAAGAACUCCUGGGGGGCCAACUGGGGUGAGGAGGGCUAUUUCCGGCUGUACCGAGGGAAUAAUACCUGUGGCAUCACCAAGUACCCAUUCACUGCCCGAGUAGACCUACCUGCAAAGAAGCAGAAAGUCUCCUGCCCUCCCUGAGCCCGCCUGGCUGCCCCUCAGCUCCCUCCUGCUAUGCCAAUUACCCCAUUGCCCACCCCACCCCUAGGAGUUUGGCUUAUUCUCCCAGUGUUCUUGCUACAGAUUGAAUAAACCAAGACAAGACCCCCG